CAAGUGCACAAAUCAUGUGGACCGCCCGGACCGGAAGUUAUCUAUAACAUUUCCGGUGUCAGAGGGUAUACUGUCCUGUGUCACUCAUCUGUAUCACUAAGGAUGGAUGGACAUGACCUGACUGAGAAUAUAUUACACCUGACCCUCGAGAUCAUCUGCUUGCUGACUGGGGAGGAUUACACAUUGGUGAAGAAGACAUCUGGAGAGUGUGUGACAACCAACAGCCAUCCCUGUGUCUCUGGACCACUGAUUAGUACCCAGAGCCCCAUCAUGGUUCCUCCACCUCAAUCACUGAUACAUGAGAGACACAAUGACCAGAAGAUCCUGGAACUCACCAACAAGAUCAUUCAGCUGCUGACUGGAGAGGUUCCUAUAAGGUGUGAGGAUGUCACGGUCUAUUUCUCCAUGGAGGAGUGGGAGUAUAUAGAGGAACACAGGAGUCUGUACAAGGACGUGAAGAUGGAGAAUCACCGGCCCCUCACAUCACUAGAUGGAGCCAGUAACAGGAAUACUCCAGAGAGAUGUCCCCGUCCUCUUUAUUCCCAGGAUCAUACAGAGGAGAAUCACAGUGUCCCCCAGGAGAGUCAGGGGAAAGAUCUUAAAGAGGAAGUGGAGGAGGAAAUCCCUACAGAUAUCAGCACAGAUUGUGAAACAGAAGAUAGUGACAUCACACCAGAUUCUCCAGGAGAAAACCCCAUUACCGCAGAUAUAAAUCCCACACAUCACAGUGCAGAUAUUUCAUCUGGCACCACUUACCUGGAGGAAUGUUCCCCUCAUCAGUCACAUAUUGCACAUGAUACAGGUCAUACUAGUGAAUUAUUUCCGUGCUUUGAGUGUGGGAAAUGUUUUACACAGAAAUCAGAUCUUGUUACACAUCAGGGAAGUCACACGGGCGAGAAGCCAUUUUCAUGUGUUGAUUGUGGCAAAUGUUUUACACAUAAAUCAACUUUUGUUAUACAUCGGAGAACGCACACGGGUGAGAAGCCAUUUUCAUGCACUGCAUGCGGGAAAUGUUUUACCCGUAAGGCGAGCCUUUUUGAACAUGAGGGAAUUCACACGGGUCAGACUCCAUUUUCAUGCUGUGAUUGUGGGAAAUUUUUUACCCACAAAUCGAGUCUCAUUAAGCAUCAGAUGAUCCACACCGGGGAGCGGCCAUUUUCAUGUGCCGAGUGUGGCAAAUGCUUUACACACAAAUCAACUCUCGUUACACAUAAGAGGAGUCACACAGGUGAGAGGCCAUUUCCGUGCUCUGUGUGCGGAAAACGUUUCACACGGAAAUCAAGUCUUUUUGACCAUCAGGGAACCCACAGAGGUGAGAAGGCAUUUUCGUGCUCGGAGUGUGGGAAAUGUUUUACGCAUAAAUCGCAUCUUGUUAGACACCAGCAAAUUCACACCGGCGAGAAGUCUUAUUCGUGUCCUACGUGUGGGAAAUGUUUUUCAAAUAAAUCGUACCUUACAAAACAUCAGAGAACUCACACAGGUGAGAAGCCGUUUACAUGUUCUGAGUGUGGGAAAUGUUUUACAGAGAAAUCAAAUCUUGUCAAACAUCAGCUAAUUCACACAGAGGAGAACCCAUUUCAGUGCUCUGAGUGUGGGAAAAGCUUCACCCUUAAGUCAAAUCUGAUUAGGCAUCAGAAAAUUCACAGCGGGGAGAGGCCAUUUCCGUGUUCUGAGUGUGGGAAACGUUUUGCUCGGAAAUCAGAAUUAAAUUUACAUAGGAGAAUUCAUGUAAGCAAAUAACCAGGAGCUCAUCGAGAUAUAGGAAACCGGAUUGCGCUAGUACUCAGUAAGAAAUAGUAAUAUAUUCUUAGUAAUACUUGAGUAUGAACAUGGUAUUAAAGUUCCAUUCUCAAAGAACAUAAUAUUUUGGGCUGAUUGGUUGCCAUGGGCAACUUCUCUACUGGCACAAUUCUCCACUCUUUUCACUGCUUCAUACAUUUCUUCCUCAGUGUCACACGCAAAGCUAAUGUUCGCUGAUUUAAGCAAUUUUCUUAAUGAUUAAAAUCCAUAAAAUCUCGUAGUCUGCGACUAUGCUAAUUCCACCACCAAUGGACUGAGACACCUACUUUGAGCAUCUGUAGACACUAUUACUAUUUGUUGCGUCUUUAGAUGGGUUGCACCAUUAAAACUUACAGCAGCCCCCAUUUUAUCCAUCCAAAAGUUAUCCUCCUAGUCAUCCAGCAUCCUCUUUCAGUUUGGGACUUUGCCAGUCGUAUGUACGGCCUAGCUCCUUCUCCUGGUCCAGAGGUUCUCAAACGCAGUCCACAAGGCACCCCAAGGGUCCAGGUUUUCUGUUUAUCCAUGCUUGGCCACAGGUGACUUAAUCAGCACCUCAGUCAAUUUGUUUUAACCGUCUGUGCUGAGCCAUGGCUAUACCUAAAACCUGUACCGUUGGGGUGCCUUGAGGACCACCUUUGAGAACCUCUGUCCUAGUCCCUUCAUACCCUUAUAUAAUAACUCAGGCUUUUCCCCUGGACUCUCUUUUUAAUCCUAUAAACCUUGGAUACAAAAGGGUGUCCGAUUCUUAAAUGGCAACACCAGGAGUUCUCCUUUCCUUCAUUCUCGGCUGUACAAGAAAAACUUUAUAUCCCUCACAAAACUUCUUUCAAUUCCUUCAAUUGCGACACUUGCAGAUGGCUGUUGAACAACCGUUAACAAGAAGACCCCUCACCACAUGUGAAUCUCUGUGCCCCCGACAAGCUUCCAUCGAGGGCCUGGCUUCCAUAUUCUACUCUGUGCUGCAGACCCCUUCCUCUGACCAUAAGGGUUCUCACGAGCCCGCUUGGGAGGCCGACCUGGGAGGAUGUCCUUGACACACAGAUGAAUGGAAAAAUAUUCACAGUCGCACAGCAUCUAGCUCUCUGUGUGUAUAUUAAAGAGAAUACUUUCAAAUGACUCUACAGGUGGUAUUAUGUACCCACCCGUUUACAUAAUGUUCCUACAGGACUGUUGGAGGAACUGUAACUCGGAAGGCACAUUUCUUCAUAUAUGGCAGCAAUGUCCCAAUCUCCGUUUACUUUGGUUGGAAACUGGGAACUUAAUUACCUCUAUUACAAAUAUCACUGUCCCAUUUUCCCCUAGAUAAUACCUAUUGCCAACUGAGAUUCCGGGGACCUCUCGCAACCAUACAACGCUAAUCUGCCAGGUUCUUUCUGCAGCCACAUGCCAGAUUGUUGCAGACAACCUUCUGCUCCCUCGUGGCAGACUACCCUUCCCAGAGUCUGGCAUGUUUACAAGAUGGAAUACAUGUUAAGCAUUAUCCACGGAAGCUAUCUUUUUCUAAAACAUGGGAUUCUUGGACCUCUUGUUUUCGAGUCCACCCCCCAUUUACUUAUUGACUUAAUAUUUUAAUCUUUGCCCCCAUUCGGCUCCUCAUGUCUGGAGCUACACCCCUUCCCUACCACCGUAAUCCCCCCCCCCCCCUUUUUGUGGAUUGCCACUCCACACAUUUGUUCCCAAUUUUCCCUUUAAAUUGGUACAGCUUUUGAGUGGUCAUGCUGGGCCCGAUUUGGACCCUCUUGUUUUCCCUGCCACCAUUUUUUGUGGCUUGCUACCUUAUAUUUACUCAGCUGUAUGGAUGUUCUGCAUCAUCUGUUAAUGUUUACAUGUCAUGUCACCGCUACCUGUGCCGUUUCAGAAAUAUGGGCCGGUAUGUAAUGGGAGCCGAUAAUGGCAAAAUGUCCGACGUUUGUUGCUUUUUUUGGAUGCUUACGGCUCUAAAGUAGAGAGCCAGAUAAAAAGUCGGAUCCAGCUGUUUUGCUCAUGUUAAGUAUACAACUUGUCCAAUGUAAUGGAGUCCGAUAUUGCGUGUCGGACACAAAACAGCUGUGAAACAAUCAAAGAAUUUAGAGUUGGGUUUUUUUUGGGCAAGUUUGUUAUGAAAAUUUAAGAAAUCAAUUAGAAGUAUACUUUUCAAGCACAUUUGCAAUAAAUAAACACUUUUUAAUACAUUUUGACACUUAAAAAACCCCCAAAAAAACAACCUUUGUUCUAUAAAAAUACUCUACGUACUGUACAUGUAAUUUUUACACUAUUUUCCCUGGGAAAUGUGUUAUUAGAGGAAUAUAAAUGUACUAAGUCGCACAAGCAGUUCCAGCUGAAUCCAAUGAUGUGUGACAUGCCUAUAUUAUGUGUGUAAUUUCCAAAUACUCCACGUACUGUACUUGGUUUUUUGUUUUGUUUUUUAACACACAAAUUUGUCAUGGACGCAAAUGAAUGUACUUUGUCCAGCUGAAUCAAUGAUAUGCGGCAUGGCUAUAUUCAGUGUGUAAUUGCUACUUUAUCUAAUUAUGUUACAGUGUUUGGUUGGAAUACAUUGUAGCAUAACAUUUUGUAUGCAAAUACAGUUGCUAUUACACACUACAGUAUAUAGAGUGUAGCCAUGCUGCAUAUGAUUUUAAACCAGCUGCUUGUGCGUCCUGGAGGACUGGGUAUCAUUUAGGGUGUGUGUUUCUUUUAAUCAUGGGACUUUUGGGGGACGAUGGGUGACUUUCUCUGGUACUGUGGUCCUCCUAUACUAAAAUAAGCAUUUCGGAUGGUCCGAAAAUAUCGGAUGUUUUCUAGUCUAAAUACCACAACACCUCGGAUCUGAUAUGCUGAUGCCGGAAAAUAGACGCACACCAUUACAUUGCCCGAGUUCCGGGAAAUAGACGUACAUUUGUAAUGUCUGAUGUGGUGCGUUAAUGUUCCGGACGGCAUUAUCGGCUCCCAUUACAUCCCGGCCACAGUCUUUAUAAAAAAUUUAAAACCCCCCCCCCCAGAAAAAAACGUAUAAAGUAUGGCUCCAGUAUGAGUGAGUAAGCAUCUCUGUACGCAACCAUUUUAGCGACACUCCCAUAGAUUGUCCCUGUAAGUCCACAUAGCCACUGCCCGGGAAAGCCCAGUACAUUUUCAGUACACUUCUGCGUGCUUCUGCCUGAAAGCGCUACUGCAACUCUGUACAGACACAGUCGCGAAGCUUGCGCAGUAUAACGUAAUCGCUGAACUACAGAGCCUACGGCUCAGAAGCAGGCCCUUUGGGAGGUUUUUAUUGUGUGGGUGCUGCCUAAUAUCAAAUGCAUUUGUGUUGCGCAUAAACAUGUGUCUGACGGAUUUGCCCUGAAGAUACCAAACGCAUAUGCAGCCAUUGCUGACGGGGAGGCAUGUACAGCCCUACAUAUGGGUGACAAUACGCAUUUUUGUGUUCGCUUUUUCAUCAAAUACUUUGUGUCUAUUGCCCUAGAGGGUCUAUUUCUGUUGUAGUGUCUGCGUGUAUCUCCUUGUUAGAGAAUAGACGCAAUUGACACUAUGAGAUGUGCCGCCGGGCAAUGCUGUGAUGCCCAGCUGUGUGCAUAUUGGCCAGCUGCAGUGGUGCCAACUUUGCAAGUUUUCUUGCUCCUCUCUAUGGGGUGCGAGGGAAAAUGUGCAGUGCCAGCGGGCACGUUGUGCCAUUCUGAUUUGGCACAUUAUGUCCUGUAGUUUUUAUUCUAGCACCCUGCACCUAAUCAGUGAAGGGGGAAUCAUAUUAUUGAGAUGUGGUCAGUGCAUAGAACUGGGCAUUUCCCUUCUUCCUCCUACCUUCUAUGUCCUCUUCUUUUUCCUUCCCCUCCCGUUUCUUUCUCCAGCAACAUAAGGAUCCAUAGAGAUCUACAGGACAUAACACUGUGUCUGUUUUCAUGUCAUUACUGCUGUCACUAUAUAUGUUUCCAUGUGCUAUAAAAUAUUUUUCUUCUUUUGUUUAACUAUAGUUUGAUACUACUAUAGUUUGCUGAAGUUGUUGUUAACAGUUUUUACCAUGUUGCUGUACCUCCACUAGUUGCACCUAUGUAGUGCGCCCCCAGAUGGUCACCUCGGAUGAUUCCCCUGUGGGCAAGAUGUAUUUCACGUGGAUCUAUUCAUAAAGGGUAUAUCAUGUUACGACACACGUGUCAGUUCUCCCAUAUAUGGCUAAUCUCCCACAGUGUAACCUUCAUCGUGCGCCCAACAUGGCUCGUGGAUGGGAUGAAAAACACAUGGAGCUGAUUGGUUUGUUGGGACCCUACUCCUAGCGUUAGGUUACUGCUACCACCCCAUUUUGUGUCAUCUCUUUCCAGGUGUAACCUAUCCCACCCAGGGUACUCCUACGCAGUGCGCCCAAGAUGGUUGCCUCGCCCUGUAAAUUUUGUUGGUGGAAUAUACAACCUGUGGAAUAUAUUACUUAAAAUGUCUGCACUAGCCCUGCAUUAUGUUUAUUGUGCGCCCUAGGUUUUGUUGUUUUUAAUUAUUUUUGUAUGUUUGUUUUCUGCUUGCUGUAAUACUAAAUCCUUUGUACUAUAUACCAUGUUUUUAACGUCUGUAAAGCGACUUUGAAACCUGCUGGAGUAAAUCGCUAUAUAAAUAAAUUUCUUCUUAUUCUUCUUCUUA